AUGAAUUCAAGCGUAAGUUUAUCGGACGUCUUAAACGGAGGUUGGACAAUAAAUGAUGAAUCUAUUGCUGUUGCUGCUGAAGAAAUUCAUCCAGCCGCCGAUAAUGACGAAGAUUCCGAAAUGUCAGAUUUGAGCCAAAAUUCAAACGUAGAAAAUGAUUACGACGGGAAAACAAAAGAGACUCAUAGUGAAAUUGAUGUGGAAGCUUUGAGAAAAACUGCAAAAGUUGACGAAAAAAUUCAAGAAUCAACGAAUUCAACUUGUAAAGCUGCUUCGAAUGAUUCUAACGUGUUGAUCAGCCCUCCGUACUAUGAUACUUCGAUAAAACCAGAGGCUACUCUACAGCACGAUCAAUACAGCUCUGGCAAGUAA